AUGGUAGCGGCGGUAACACCUGAUCCGGCUCGAGGGUCGGAUCAGCUUGAUGUUCAAGAGCUGAACCGUGUAACGGAACAGUUGCAAGAUGACUUGGCUCACGAACGGACUCGGCGUUAUGAGCUUCAGGAUCUUGUAAGGGAGAAUUACGAUUCCUUAUUGCACGAUCGUUCGGACGAUCGUGCCGCGUUUGCUUUCGCGCAACUUGAGAACGAACGUUCGACUUGUUCUCUUCGUGACGAGCUGUCUGCAGCUCGUCGAGACAUCGUUCAACUGUGUGAACAAGUCGCUUCGCUAGUCGACCAGACUGGCUUGUUGAAACGGGACCACUCGAAGGUGGUCUCGGCUUUCAAACGCGGAGGUUUUCUUCGCAUAUCGAAGCGGGCUCGUACUGAUAGUACGGGCGGAGACGUCCAACGCAAAACGUAG